CUUUUUUAAGGACUUCUCAUUUUGUAUAAAAUUAAUUUUCUUUUCUUAAAAGAAGAUAGUGGUGAAAAUGGUGCAUAUUGAGAAAAGAGUGCCAAACCAGAAGAAGAAGGUCUAUUCAUCAAGAAACUGGUCAACCUUAGUCCACCACCGUCUCUCAACUCGAUGAGAAGCAGACUUAUUGCAUCCAAGAAUCCAAUCAAGAUCUUACCAAAUUAGAGACACUGAUACGGUGUCGUGUUCUCGACUUCUUUAGUACAAUAAGGAACUGGGUUUACCUCAAAUUAUGGGAACAAAUCGCGCUCUUUAUCUGGGUCUUAUUGUAUUGCUACUUGUUGUUGACUGUUCUAUUCUUGAUUUUAAGGUAAAUGUGAGUGCAAAGACUGAUUCACAAUCGAAUAGCACAAAGGACUCAAAUGACCAAGGAGGCGAAUUGAGCUCAUUUUCAGAUUCUAAUGGAGUUAAUAAAGAAAAGAAAAGGAAAGAAAAUCAAGUAGAUGAUUUGAAGGAGAAAAUUGGCGGUGAUAUGAAAAAUAACAAAAAUAAUUUGAGCAGCCAAUCUGGAUCCAAAAAAGAUGACAUGAAAACCAAUAAUAUAAAUGGCAAUGACUUGAAUAGCCAGUCUGAGUCCAAAAAAACAGAUAAUUCAGAGAGGAAAGUGGAGGAUGAUGAUAGUAAAAAGAAGACCAUUCCUAAAGAGAAUAACAUUAAUCAAGGGGAUUCAGGGCUUGCCUCAAAGGAUUCUCAUGUUGAAGAGUGUGAUCCAUCUAACAAGUGCACUGAUGAGGAGAACCAGUUGGUUGCUUGUUUAAGAGUUCCAGGAAACGAUCAAUAUUCGCUUUUAGUUCAGAACAAGGGAAAAAACCCUCUCACAGUUACUAUUUCUGCUCCGGAUUAUGUUCACAUAGAGAAAACAGAAAUUCAACUCCAGUCAAAAGAAGACAAAAAGGUUCCAGUAUCUAUCAGACAUGGAGGAAAUGACAACUUAAUUGUUUUAAGGACAGGGAAUGGUCGUUGCAAUUUGGAUAUAAAGCAUUUGGUCACUGAAAAUUUUUUGGAUAUCUCCCAGAAGUCUGGUUACAUAAACUACAUGUCACGAACCCCUGUCAUUGCUGUCUUAGCCUUUGCCGCACUGCUAAUACUGGCAGCAGGUUGGACAUGCAUCAGCUUCCGGAGGAAGCAACUCUCCAGCAGUGGCUCUAAAUAUCAAAGGCUAGAUAUGGAACUUCCAGUUUCAACUGGGGAAAAAGCAGAGUCAGAACAGAAUGACGGAUGGGAUGACAAAUGGGGUGAUGAUUGGGAUGAUGAGGAGGCACCAAAGACACCAUCGUUGCCCGUUACUCCAAGCCUAUCAUCGAAAGGUCUUGCCUCGCGACGAUUGAGCAAGGAAGGGUGGAAAGAUUAGCCUCCAAUAGAACAAGGGGAAAGAGAAUAGUACCAACAAAAGUUACCAUUUUUGUCAACUUUUUUCUUUAAAUUCUUUUAGUAGAUAGUCUUUUCAUCGUCUUUUCCUCAAACUUGACUGAAGCCUGACAUUUCUACUUGCUUCUACUCCUUCAUGCCUAUAAAAUAUGGGCUUUAUAGUACAUAUGGAUUUUCAGUUGUC